CACACAUUGUUCUCAACGUUAAAAUAAGGAUGGGUUGUUGUGCUUACCUUAUAAAAACUUAUAAAAAUGUACAUGAAUCGGGAAAAGGAGGACAUAUCAUUUUUGUGUAUAAAUUUUAAGAAAUACAUGUAUAUCAAUAUCUAGGACAUAUAGAAUCUAGUUCUAAUUAUAGUACCAUUGAUAUUACUACGAGUAAUUGUUAUCAAAUUUAAAAGGUGUCUUGGGAGGACAAACUUACAAUGUCUAUGUCAGAUGUAAAAGGUAGGAUUAGGGACUCCAAGACUCUCCAACUGAGUGAGGAGGAGCUGUCAAAGGUUAAUAAUAUUAUGACCUUAAUGACGUCACAUGUAUUGCGUAAUUUACAUACCAAACGAACUGAUGACCGAGAUAGAAAAGUCGAAUUGCCCAUUCCAAGAAAUCAAUGGAUACGGAUGCUCCUGCUUAACUUAUUUGAUGCUUGUGCAAUGAGCUUUCGAGUUUCAGAUUUAUUGAAAAAUCAUGAAGGUUUGGACUUAAUGACAGCAGACCAACCCUGUGUUGGCUUUUAUACAGGAAGUAUGGCGGAGGGUGUCGGGUGUGCUACUUUGGGAGACUUUUCCGAUACGGACCGGAUGGAUGUCUUAAAAGAAUACAAAGCAGAAUACCAAAGAAAGAACGGAAAUGACAACAACGAGACGGAAUCUAAAAAAACGUCUGAGCAACAGCAAGACCAUUUGCCUAGAAGUAGUUCAGACGAUAAAUCGACCGUUGUGAUAAAUUUAUCACAAGGAUCAUAUCCAGGUUACACAAAAUUGAUAAAGAGUGAAGCAACAAGCGACUUAUUGAAAAUCACAUCAGCACUGAAUUAUGGUCCAGUUAUUCGCAGCUCUAAACAGGAGCAACUUCUUGCACAUGAAUUUGAAUACGAUCACGCCAUUGCUGUACAGUGUGAAAGUUGGCCAACUGAGUCCCUCCAAUGGGUAACUAGAUUUCGUCCAUCCGGUUGGCCCAGUGUUAAGCUUGUGGAGGAAUGCUCAUUUAUACCAUGUUACAUUGUCGCCAAAUCUCAUGCAGCAAAUGCAGAUGAUACACAUGAAUGGCGGUUUUCUUUUGCACGACAAGAGGGUAUUCUAUUUAGAAGUAUUCCACUAAAUGUCAAAAUGGUAUACAUCCUAUCUAAGUUGCUUGUAAAGGGUCUUCAUAUCAAAGAAAACUUGCUCUCAACAUAUCAACUGAAAACGAUGUUUCUCUGGCAUUGCGAGCUGAAAUCUGAAGAAGAAUUUAAGUCCAAAGAGUUGGAGAUCAACCUUGAGGAGUUUCUUGUAUUCGUAGCGCAAAGUUUUGAAGAACACAAGAUACAAAAUUAUUUCAUACCAACGAAUAAUAUGAUUGGUCAUAUUGCAUCAGAUAUGGUCAAAGAUGUGAAACAAAAAGUCGAAUCUAUUUUGCCAAGCUUUAUGACCCUUUGUUCUUCAUUAGAAAUGGCAAAAACUUAUCCAUUUUCUGUCCAAUGUAUAGCAGCUUCUUUGGAAAGUGGAUCAGAUGCUGACUCUAUGCUCUUUCGACGGAUUCAGAGCAAUUUCCUAGAAAUCAUUUCAGAAUAUAUUCUAUCGUCCUAUAUGCCUCAUUCAGCAUUCAUUGAGAUGUUGACACCAUAUAUUCCAGCUCUAAAUAAUUUACACCCGACAAAAGAAGAAGAGAUCAUUCAGUGCCUUCAGCUGACGCAUCUUCUUGCAAAGCAUUCAUCACUGGGUUACGAUGUGUAUGGGUUACCAUUCGUCCAAAUGGCGAUACUGUACUCUGUCGAUCAAGUAGAACAUUCGUCAGAUUACUUGCCCAUAUUCACGAAGGUUCUCCGGGAUAUUUUUGAAUCAGUUAAAGAUUUGGACGUUUCAUAUCUCUUGGCGAGCGUUUUCUGCUUUCUUGGAAAUGAAAGACACGCGUCAGCAACAAAAACGUGUUGUUAUCUCAUCUGGGAAUGGGCAAAACAGACUGAAAAUAGAAACGACAUCAUUCUAAACACAUGGCAAAAGGUUUCUACAUCGAUGCAUCUUGUUGAGGAUGGAAAACACAGCAAAAUUUUGCUGUCAAGAUUAAAUGAAAUUACAAUUCUUCUUGAUGUGUCUCCGUCUCAAAUUGAGGUUACAAUGGCAACCGUGCUUCGGCUUAAGCAUGAUAGAUCCAAUCUUGAAAUUGUUGAAACAUUUUGUAAUAUGAGAAAGGAUGUCUCUUUAGAUGGUACACAGAAACAGCUGGUGUAUGGAACUUUCCUCUACCUCGAGGAAACUGAAAGCAGUUUGCAAAACGAAGCAGAGAACUUGUUAGAGGCAUCAGGAGCACUAUGUAAGUCAAAGAUUUAUUCUUCAGCCACUGCCACAUUCAAUUUUGUUACAGCCAUAGUAGUGUAUACAAAACUUUGCAAUGGUAACAAGAAACUGGUACAGAAGUAUCUGCAACUAUUAAAGACCGCACAGACAUCAGAUAACUGUUCAGAUAUAAAAGAGCUUGAAUCAGAUAUUGUUGAUCUGCUAAGUACACCAGAACUUAAUACUAACCAGGCAUUUCAGUUUGUUGUAUACUACACACGUCUGUGCAUGGUAGCAACAUCAGUCAAGUUUAUUUUGAGCGUAAUAGAUGAACUGGUUCAACCCCAUAUCAACCUCGGAAUACUCUCAGCAUGUGGUAUAGAGUUUUCUUCCACAAAAAAGAUAGACCUUGCCCUCGAAUGUCUUGAAACAUGGAUUCACCGUUCAACACAAGCAAAUGUGGUACAGAACAAAGCUUUACCAGUUAAAAUAUACGGGAAAAUAGGCCAUCUAUAUCAUGUUAAAUCAAAUGCAGCUAAAGAAAAAAAUUUGAGUCGAAUUUACAGGAACAAAGCAGAAGUAUUUUUCCAAACCGCCUUAAAAGAAACUGAGGACGACCUGUCUGUCAUUGGAGACUAUCUCUUGUUUUGUAGAAAGCAAAGUGAGGAAUUCAAAACAUAUGUCGAUAUUGCAUGCUCUCAGAACGAUGUUGAUAAAGUGUCCGUUUAUUUCCCCUCAUCGCUGCCAGUCUUAGAAGGCAUUCUUGGGCUUCGUGGAGAAAUUGAGGCGAACGGCAACAUUUACAUCAGCUCAUCUAUUUUUGUUAGAUGUUUGUAUUUCGAUAGUAGUGACAGUUCAAAUGAAAACUUCACGAAUAAAGUUCAGCAAAUGAAGGAAAUAGCUCGGCAAUUAAAAGAAAUUCUCCAUAAACAGAUGGAACUAGGAGAGGACGUUGAAGUGGGGAAAAACGUUCUAUCGGAUUCUUUGCGUGUCAUUGCUUAUUUCUCAGCAAAAGCAGAAAUUGACUCUGAAGUCCUUGAAGCUCUAUCAGAAGCAAAGGCGGUAUCACCGGAAAGAUGCACGUCUGAUUAUUUUACAUCACUUUUUGAAAAAUUUGAAUCAAAGCAGUUGCAGUCAAAUCAAGAAAAAACUUUAUAUUCUCGAACCUAGAGAAACAUGACAUAGAGCAGUGUAACUAUGUGAUCUUUUGGCAGCAUUGCCUUGACAACUUUCAUUAUUAGUUGCCAGAAAGAAGUUGUUUACGAAUAUAUGAUAAUUACACAACCACUAAUUUUCCGCACCGCUACAUGAACAUGACCAAAGUGAAAAUCAAGUAUGUCUGAUGCUGUGUUAAUUAUCUGCUGAUAAGCCUUGUGAUUCAACAGAUAAGACUAUAACAAGCACCACUUGUCUAUUUAUUACAAAAUUUAUUAUUUGUGUAAAUCAAACAUAACAUUAAAAAACAGAAGAUUAACUUAUCAUGCAUGAAAAAGUCAAAGGUGUAGCAUAUCGGUGAACGUUAAAUUAGACAAUGAAAGAUAAAAACGAGAGAAAUUACUUUGUCAUCUCAUCAUUCAAAGGAUUCGAAAGAACAUCCAAAAAAGGGGAAGAUGAUAAAGAUGCUAUAUAAUAUGAGUAUAUGUACUUUUGCUUACUUCAUCAAUGAAACUUAUAAAUAAGAUACGAAUUUUGUGAAACACAUUUACUUUAUUUGGCAACAAGUUUGUAUGGCUAAGAGGUAAAAAAGCAGUACACGAUUGAUUGUUAUGAUAACCGAUGGUGCAAAGUUUAAACAAUUAUUAUGAAAUUAGUUAUUAUACUACAUGUAUUAAUAUUUUAGUUAACCAGGAAAAAUCUGGAAAAGAGUGUGAUCCCGAUGAGAUGGACCGAUCUACAAGAUAUAUGACAACAUGUGUUAAACGGCUUCAACACCAAAGAAACAAACUCUUUUGUGAUAUUUUAACUAGUGAAUUUUUAACAUUUGGGCAUGUUUAUUCAAGCGUAGUUGGAAAUGUUGGCAUUUAAUCUAAAACAUUGACAUGGUCAGCUCCUCUUAAAGAUGCUUUACAUGCUAGUUCCUCAUUGUAGUUCUGUAUUUUAAAAUGUACCUUUUCAAUGUUAUCUAGUUUUGGUCACAAUUCUACAUUCAUAUGAAAUAAAUAAUGAAUUUUUAUAUGUUUAAGAGAAUUUUCCAAAAAGAGUAAACUGGUGUUCAUCAUUAAAAGACUUAUGUACACUGGGUUUGAAAGUGUGUUGAAAGUGUGUUGGAAAUGUUGACUUAUUUUAUGUGUUGUACAACAAAGAAUCAGUUAUUAAUUUACAAAACUAGUAAAUUAGAUUUAAUUAAUCGAAUAGAGCUUUAUUUUACAAAAACUUUAACAUAGUACGUGUUAAUUAAUUGUAUUUGGGAGAUGCUCUGAAGCUUAGAAAUAUACCAUUUGUUGCUGUAAAUUUGUAUUAAUAUUUGAUAUUAACCUUUGUUUUUUUAUAUAUACUAUUCAGAAGAUUAGAAUAUUAUGGAUUUGUAUCAUAUAACAUGAAUAGAGGAUAUUCGAUGAGUGUAUGUUUAAUACUGAAUUUAUUGAACAAGUUGAAUAAAAUCAUAUUAUACGAGCCACUGACGAGCAUAUAAUAUUAUUAUCGAACGAGUUCGAUAAAUUCAGUAAUAUGAAACUAACACGAACUUAAUAUUCUUUUUAUCACAAAGAUGUACCAUGAAUAAAGACUGUUUACAUUGCAUUUCGAUUUCAUAUUAGGUAAGGCAUGACAAUUAAUGACAGUUUAUUAAUCUAUUGUAUACAUGUGAAACUACCAAUGCUGUCUUUAUAUGCAAAAAGUACAUUGUCUUAGGCACUAUCUAUAUUAAUUUUUACGUGCUAGUUCUUACCUAUUUACAUUUAGAUUUAUUUAUGAACGUAUGGGUGUAACAUUGUGUUUGUAAAGUUCUUGCACUGUUCUUUGUAUGUUUUAUAUGCCAUAUAUAUAUUCUUAUAGGGUUUUCAGCCAAACAAACUUUUGACUAUUAUCUUCUCGUAUAUAAAUAUAAGGAAUCAAAUGCAGGUAUAAUUAAUGUACUAGCUGUAAUUACAGAUGUUUUUCUAAAUUAAACAUGUAUUUGAUAUUACCAAAUUGAGAUGUUGAAAUGUUUUUUAUCGGGAUUUGUACUCAAUCCUGAUCGAAAUUUAUCUGUAUUGUUAUAUUAUAUUAUGUUGUAAACUUGGAAUAAAUUAAAUAUUGAUUAAACAAAUUAUGCUUUAAUGUGGUCAACAUCAAAAUACAACCUAAUUUUGUGCUGGUAAGUAAUAUACUGUACCCAAUAUCACAUAAACAUAAUGUAACAAACAAAAGACAAACAGAAGACAACACAAUAUUCACCAACACAA